CUUAAAUAGCCCCUGGGCAGGAAAAGGAAGGAGCUGGGGUGUGGGACAUUACACCGUGGGAGCAGCACCAGUCAGUGUCCUCUUAUCCCUUGGACACAACACAGCAACAGGGACGGGAGAGGGAUUCACAUACAGGCACUUGCUGGAGUGUAGGAAGAAGGUCCUCUGACCAGGAUGAACUUUGCCGCUCAGUUAUUCUACUCCAGGUAUUUGAGCGAGCGACUUGAGCGUUUGUACUCACCACGGCCUGCCCUUAAAGACAGCGAGGAGAAUGACCCCUUCUGGCAGAGGGAGGAGUUGUAUCUGGGCCCCAGUCAGCCCGGCAGCUCUUAUAAAUAUGGUCCUGUCAUUAACGGCGCCGUGGGCCGCAGAUCCACCCUUAUCGAACCAGAGCGUCUGAAGGACUUUGGUGUGGAGGAACUUCUCAAUGGUGAUGUAAAGGUCCACGAAACCAAAAUAGCGGUGGCCCCUGAGAUUGUCCUCAUGGACCCCCCUAAAACGAGAAGAGUCAGCGAGUUCAGGAUGAUCCCCAGACCUCCUGCCCAGUUCCUCCGCUUCGAAGACAUCAGCGCAGCUGCCUUCAGGAUCCAGACGGGGAUGCAGAAGACGCCUUGCACGUACUCCAGACUGUCCAAACAGUACGGGAUGGAGAUCUACCUGAAGAAGGAGCACCUGCACUACACAGGCUCUGCGAAGGAGAGAGGAGUGCUGUACCUGCUUACCUCCCUCACACAGGAGCAGCAGAGGAUGGGUGUGAUUGUGGCCACUGACUGUAACUUCUCCAUGGCCGUGGCUCACCACGCAGUGGAGCUGAAGAUCCCGGUGUUUGUCAUCAUGCCGUCAUGUUGCUCCUCGCCCCGGCUCAGGAUCUACAGAGACUACGGCGCCAUGGUCAUCUCCUAUGGCAGCACCAGCCAUGAUUCCCAGAACCACGCCCGCCAUCUGGCCAGAGAGAAUGGAUACCUCUACCUGGAAGAAGAUGACAGUACAGAGUACCUGGCAGGACUGGGCACUGUGGGUAUGGAGCUCUAUGAACAGGUGCCCAAACUGGAGGCAGUGGUUGUUCCUGCUGCAGGACAGUAUGGUCUGCUGGCUGCCACUGCUGCAGCCAUCAAACACCUCGACUCUCGGAUUCUCGUCAUAGGAGUUGAACCAGAAGAUUUCCCUUUGCUGCUACAAUCUCUCAAAACAAAUGGCCCAAUCAAAGACAUGCACGGCAACCCCAAUAAGAAACUUUAUGGAGAUCUUAUGGAGCAGUCACUCGGUGUUAACACCUUCCAGCUGGCAAAGAAACUGGUGGACAAAGUCAUCACCGUCAGCGAGGAGGACUCUCUGGUGGCGAUGCUGCGAUUUCAGGAGUUUGAACGCUCCACUGUGGACACAGAGGGAGCCAUGGGAUUGGCUGCCAUUUUGGCCGGACAACUACCAGAACUAAAAGGCAAAAAGGUGGCUGUAGUGGUGAGCAGCGCUAACAUGGAGCUGGAAGUGGUGAGGCAGUGCGUGGACCGAGCUUUGGUGUUGGACGACCGGAUCAGUAAGUUCUCGGUGCAGCUGGGAGAGUGGCCAGGAGACAUGGCUAAGCUGCUGGAUGUUCUGACCAGAGAGGACGUCAGGCUGCUGGAUGUCUGCCAUCGUAGACACAGCGACAAGUCAGACCUCUUCAAGGCGAAGGUGGAGUGUGUGGUGGAAACCCGGGAUAAGACGCAGAGCGCUCAUCUGCGCAAGACGCUCAGCGAGCGCUACCCCUCUAUAUGCUGGCUGGACCGGUGAUCACAGCAAAAUCAUAAACACAAAACUAGACUGAUUAAACUAAACAAGUGACAGAUUCACAACACUGGGAUAACACACCCUGUAACACACACUCUUAUGAUAUGCAAGCUCUGUGGUUCAUGAGACUCAUUAAGAGAACGCUUGAUCAGCAAACCUAAGUGUACAGAAAAGCCUUGAGAUUAUAGCGCAAAUGUUCUAUGUGUUCCUUCUGUUACUAAUGCUGCUUUUGUUUUUGAUCAUCAUGGCACCUUAAAUAUACUGUGGAGUGGUUAAACUGCAUCCCAGGGGAUGACUGUAGUUCUUGGGGAACACAAUGGCAGAACGGGGCUAUAUUUGUAGGGGUGACCAAGCUUUGUAUAUAACCCUCAAGUGAUUAAAAAAAUCUGUAACAGUGAUUAAAGCUUAUUUUUUUCUGUUGUUUGUAAAGCACAUAAAACAAUUACAAUUUAAAUGGGCGUGAAAGUGUGUCCCUGUAGAGUAACAGUUCUGCAAAACAUUAUUUGAGUUCCUGAGUGUGACUAGCCCUCUGGGCCUUCAUUAAUGGUUGUCAUGGGUGGCUACACUGUAGUCUGUGAUGGCCAUCCCUGGCCAACUUGUUGCCCCGCCCCUGGCAGAAUGUAAAUCAUACACUCUGCGUUAGCCGAAAGGUGGAGUGUGAAGAUAGAUGUAGCCUUACUCAUGCAGCAUACAUACAGCUCCCCAAAGCAUCACCGUAUAAGAUCUAUUUUUAAUUUAAAGUUUUUAAAUUGCUGUAAAGUGGUCUCCAAAUAAAAUUCUGGACAAAUGAA